GUCCAAGCCCGCGCCCCGCUCCCAAUCAUGAAGGUCUCGACGCUCAUCGGAUUCGUUGCGCUUGCGCAAGCAGCCUCGGCUCACUAUAUCUUCACGACCCUUAUCGCCGGCUCGACGACUUCGGAAGCCGCCGUUCGUGAACCCGUGAACAACAGUCCCAUCACCUCUGCGACGGACCCGAACCUGGUCUGCAACAUCCACACCGCUGCCACCUCCACGGUCAGCGUCCCUGCUGGAUCUACCAUUGGCUUCAAGCUCGACAACACGCUCUACCACCUUGGGCCCGCUGCUAUCUAUCUCGGACAGGUUCCUAGCGGCGAGACUGCUGCCACCUGGGACGGGACAGGCGCCCAUUGGUUCAAGAUUGCGGAAUGGGGCGCAACGUACUCGCAGUCCUUCAGCUUCAGCGACUAUAACCUGAGCCAACUUACUACUACGAUCCCCAGUGAUGUUCCUCCUGGAGACUACCUCGUCCACGUUGAGCAGAUCGCACUUCACGUCGUCGACGCUCCGCAGUGGUAUGUCUCCUGUGCCCAGAUCACCAUCACUGGCGGCGGCUCCGCAAAUCCGAGCAAGGUGUCGAUCCCCGGCGCUUAUUCCGCGAACGACCCCGGCCUUACCGUGGACAUUUACACAAACCCGACGAGCUACACGGUUCCCGGACCCGCUCCGUUCACCGGAUAGGCACGUCAUUAUAUUGGAGUUACUCCUAUCAGGACAGCCUAUGCAUGUAGUUGGAGUAGCAGGGUCGUUCGCCGUUGUGAUACAGAUACCGUUUUGCAGGAUGAAUAUCUCGAUGUGUUCUGAAUGUCCCGAGUGGUGUCGUAUUUGGGACUUCAAACAGGGAUGUCUGUCUCUACGACGCAGAAGAGAGGGCAGAACAUGCCUGGCUUGCAUCUGUGCAAUAUUGCUCGCACCACAGUCGUGGUCGGAGUUGGUGUAGAGACCACAGCAUCGGUGAUAGCCUUACAGUUGGCUGGGCAAG